GGUUUCAAAGAACCGAUAGAAAAGAAAAUACAAAUAAAAUACAAUCAUUGAUACCAUGCCAUUUAUUGGAAAAGUUAUAUUAAUCACGGGUGCUAGUAGUGGAAUAGGAGAGGCUUGCGCGUUGUUUUUUGCCAAAAAAGGAGCUCUGCUUGCAUUGGUGGGCCGAAAUGAGGAAAAAUUUGCGAGUGUCAUGGAAAAAAUCCAAGAUUGCGGCGUGGAAAUGGAACCAUUAAUGAUUUUGGCAGAUGUUUGCGUGGAUGCUGAACGAAUCAUCAGCGAAACGAUCGAAAAGUAUGGUCGAUUGGAUGUUUUAAUUAAUAAUGCUGGCUACGGUGGUGUGGGUACAAUUGAAACCGCAACGAUGGAACAAUUCGAUGGUAUGUGGCAAACAAACGUCCGAGCUGUGUUUGAGCUAACCCAAUUAGCCAUACCGUAUUUGAUUGAAAGUCGUGGGAAUGUGGUGAACAUUUCAAGUGUUGUGAGCUUGCGAGCAUUUAAAAAUUGUGUAGCUUAUUCCGUAACAAAAGCUGCAUUAGAUCAUUUUACACGCUGUUGUGCUAUUGAUUUGGCUGACAAAGGUGUGAGAGUUAAUGCCCUGAAUCCAGCGUUCAUUGAUACGAAUUUUCUAACUGUGGCCAUUGGCAUUGAAAAAGAUGACGAUGCAUACGCGGAAGUGGUCGAGAACAUGACCAAAACACAUCCGAUCGGACGAAUUGGCUCCACACACGAUUGCGUUAAUGCCAUUUCGUUUUUGGCGAAAGAUAGUUCAAGUUUUGUGACGGGUGUAACGCUCCCUAUUUGUGGCGGCAGAAGUAUUCUUUCGCCCGAAUUCUAAAACGGAUUUCAUUUUCAUUUAUUGUAUUCAUUUCGGUUACUAUCAAUUCCAUUUGGAUGUUUUCAAAUCAUUUAUAUGUAAGGUUUUGGUAUCAGAAGAUAUGCUGUUUUUGCUUGUGUCUUUU